AUGGCUCCUAUCACCAGAAAACGAAAGGCCGAAGGCCAUGUCGGCUUCGUCACACUCCGCCUAUCUCCAGGCUUCGACAUUUCCAAGCUCAAGAAGAAGAUCACGGCUAGGAGACCGGCCUUCCGACGACCAGCUCUGCCGCGGCGAACGAAGCCGUACACCAACAGGUAUCGAUUCGAGUUUGGCGAGGAUCAUUUGUACACUCACGCAUCGCCUACACAGGCUGAAAUCGACACGGUGGCCGGUAUUUUGAAGGCGGAACGUCCAGUGCUCAAGUUGUCGGCCGCUCAAACAGGAACUGCAUCCAAUCCAUUCCACGCUGGAGGUAGAAUCUCCGUCGACUCGAUUGUGCGUGUGAUUCUGUCUCAGUCAUGCACCAACGAAGCAGCUCUUGAUGCCCAGCAGACAAUGAUCUGGGCUUAUCCGUUCCCUGUCGACGGGGGUGCGGUCGUGGGAAAGAUGCCAAACUACCAUGCAAUGCGAAAACAAAGCAUCGAAAAGCUGAAAGCGGUCUUGAGCAGGACAGGCCUACAGAACCUCAAGGCAACAGGAAUAAAGGGCGUUCUUGAUGCAGUCUAUGAGACCAACAUCGCACGUAUCAAGCCAGGGGAGGUAAUCUACGACGGCAACAAACCUGGCGCCACCGACUUUGUCCCGGGCCUGUUGUCGGUGGACUACAUCUACGAAGCGUACGAACAAGGUGGAAAGCAGGCCGUGUUCGACAAACUCGUCCAGCUUCCGCAGAUUGGCGUCAAGUCGGCUUGCUGUCUCAUGGGUUUCAACAUGAAGCUUCCAGUCUUUGCGGUCGACACACACGUUGCGGGCAUGGCCAAGCUUCUCGGUUAG